UAACAAUAUGGCUACCAAAAUCCCAAUCCUCACCGAGAAAGCACCCAAGCCUCUCCCGGGAAUCUACUCCUAGGCCAUCGUCUCCAAUGGCGUCGUAUACUGUUCCGGUGCGGUCGCCAUGGAUCCAGAAACCGGCAAGAUUGUCGACGGAGACAUCGAAGCUCAUACGCACCAAUGCAUCAAGAACCUCUCGCACGUCCUCAAAGCCGCCGGUAGCGAUAUCACGAAGGUCCUCAAGGUAAACGUCUUUCUGUUUGAUAUGAGUGACUUCGACAAGAUGAAUUCCGUGUAUAUGCAGUAUUGGGGAGAUGUGAAGCCCUGUCGGACAUGUGUGGCUGUUAAGACGUUACCCUUGAAUACAGAUGUGGAAAUUGAGUGUAUUGCUGCUAUUUAGACUAAAAUUCUAUGCGUUGGCGGAGUAUCCAGUUAGAAACAUUCGUGGUCAUUCUUCUACGGCUUCUAAAUAAGAGCGAUUU